CCAUCUUUUCAGAAAUGUCACACAUUGCUUUAACUGCAUCACCCACCGUAGUCGCUUUUCACCGUGGAGCGAAACAAUGGAGCACGCUGUUUCCGAGUAGCUGGAGAAGCAGGGGAAUCAAUCCAUCCUCAUUUCCAAAUUCCACCAGAAAACGGUUACCGUUGCGGUUUUUUGCUUCUGGAAAAAAUGGCGUCAAUGGAGGUGUUGUGGAUGAGAUAUCUGAAACAGUAAAGGCGCACACGGAUUUCGUUUGGCCUGAUAACAAGAAGCCUAGAGUGUGUAUUUUAGGUGGUGGAUUCGGUGGUUUAUAUACUGCUUUAAGGUUGGAAUCACUCCAGUGGCCCGAAGACAAAAAGCCACAUGUGAGUAUUCGAACAUUCAAAUUCAAUUCAGUUCUUUCAAGUGUGUGGAAAUUGAUGCAAAAUCUAUGAUAGGAAUAACUUAGGAGCAUCUUUCUUGAUGAGAUUAUGUCUCGGUACAGAACAUUCAUCAAUGGAGCAAAAGAGAAAAAAAAAGAAUCAUAUAACAACGUGGAAAUGCCUUACUCCUAUAUUAGUUUCCUUAACAAGUUCCCUAAUGACACUCUUUAGAAUAUUCCUUAUAUUUAUAUUUAGUGGAGCAUUAUGUUAGAUUGUAAGAGAUGAGAGGAACUGAGUUUAAAUUUAAUCCCAAUUAUAUGUUAUGAUUGCAUGGUGAGGAAUGGAUUAGGAGUAUG